AAUAAUAAUAACCUGACGACAUUAACAGCCUAUGAGGCUCUUCGUGCUCGGACAGAUGUGUCAGCGUUGGUUUUCCAGACUGCGGUAAACCGGCUGCUGCUUAUCCGCGAGCUGGGACGGACCUUUCAUUCUCCUGAACGAGGUUAUGGAUGUCCGCGUGCCGGUGGGCUAGAGCAGCCCAUGAAGGCUAACUGAUACGGGUGUUUCGUCUCACAGGAGCUCGUCUAAACCACAUCCAGCCGUCCCCGAGGGCCGGGGAGUUCCUCCGCAGGGGAAGCGGGCGAACAGCGCGGCCACGGUCCGCCUCUCCUCCGCUUUGACAUCUCUGUUCCCCGCUGGGUUGUGAGCUAGCGGUCCGGUCUCUCUGGAAACUAGGACAGAUAAAGCUCGCACUCCUUUCACUCCUGACAGUGUUAUGCUCGGCUGUCGACCAGUAAAGAAAGCCGUCUCUUUUUCUUUCACAUGGGCGAGGACGAGAAGGGGACCUGCGGCCACAUUCGCCCCGGAGGAAACGAAGAAAACCGAGAGACCGGAGCGGCUCUGGACCCGGACAGAGAGAGGAAAUAUGCGGAGCUGUUCAAGCAGCUAGACUUGAAUCAAGAUGGCAGGGUGGACAUCAAUGAACUGAGGACCGGACUGGCAGCUCGUGGUUUGCACCGGGGAGAGGCGGAGGAGAUAGUCCUGGAGAGCGACAUCAACCAGGAUGGUCUGCUGGACUUCCAGGAGUUCUCCCAGUACCUGCGGGCUCAUGAGAAGAGGCUGAGGCUCAUGUUUCACAAUCUGGACCGCAACAAUGACGGUCGGAUUGAUGUCGGGGAGAUCCAGCACUCACUGCACCAGCUGGGUGUGGAGGUCACCACGGAGCAGGCAUCCAAGAUACUGCAGAGCAUGGACAGGGAUGGCACUAUGACCAUUGACUGGAAUGAAUGGCGCGAUCACUUUCUGUUCAACCCUUUCCACAACAUGGAGGAGAUCGUCCACUACUGGAAACACUCCCAUAUGUUUGACAUAGGGGAACAGCUGACGGUACCAGAUGAGUUCUCAGAGCAGGAGCGGCGCUCAGGUCUGGUGUGGAGGCAGCUGGUUGCUGGAGCGAUGGCAGGGGCUGUGUCCCGGACAGGAACUGCUCCUCUGGACCGCCUGAAAGUCUUCCUGCAGGUACAUGGCUCUACAUCUCGGGGCAUCAAUCUGUGGUCCGGACUGAGGGGGAUGGUCCAGGAGGGAGGUGUCGUCUCACUCUGGAGGGGAAAUGGCAUCAACGUCCUAAAGAUUGCCCCUGAAUCUGCCAUUAAGUUUAUGGCCUAUGAACAGAUCAAGUGGCUGAUCCGAGGAAGUAAAGAGGGGGGCAGUUUAAGGGUACAAGAGAGGUUCAUUGCUGGAUCUCUGGCAGGAGCUACUGCCCAGACCAUCAUCUACCCCAUGGAGGUGCUGAAGACACGACUUACAUUAAGGAAGACAGGACAAUACUCAGGUAUGGCUGAUUGUGCCAGACAAAUCAUGAAGACGGAGGGAGUCCGGGCUUUCUACAGGGGCUACCUGCCAAACACACUGGGCAUCAUCCCCUACGCUGGCAUUGACUUGGCUGUGUAUGAGACUCUGAAGAACGCCUGGCUCCAGAGGUACUGUGUAGACUCAGCAGACCCAGGAGUGUUGGUCCUACUGGGCUGUGGUACCAUCUCCAGCACCUGCGGCCAGCUGGCGUCCUACCCCCUCGCUCUCAUUCGGACACGCAUGCAGGCGCAAGCCCUCGCUGAGGGGAAUCCCAAGCUGACCAUGCUGGGCCAGUUCAAAUACAUCAUAUCCCAUGAAGGUGUCCCGGGCCUGUAUCGGGGCAUCACCCCCAACUUCCUCAAAGUGGUUCCAGCUGUCAGCAUCUCCUACGUGGUGUACGAACACAUGAAGAAAGUUCUCGGGGUGGGUUACUAGCCUGACACGGAGCAGAGGGAUUCAUCACAAAAAGGGACAGAAAUGCUUCAUUAUGGUUUUUCAAAGAAGAGGAAGAGGAGAGGUAAUGAUGCAGACUCAGACUGCAGUGGAAAAGAAAGCAAGGCGAGGGUGAAAGAGCCAUUUGAGAUGGGACUGAUGAACGCUUCAACCCUUCUUUGGACCCAGUCAGGUUCAGGCUUGUGUAGCUUGCGGGUAGUCAGCAGGUAGAUCAUAUUCAUUUGUGGAAGAGAAGAGGUAAAUGUGGGUCCCCCCUGAAACCACUAUGCCACAUACAUAAAACACAGAACAUGCAUUCAAACCCAGUGGAUUUGGAUGUUAACAAGCGUCUCAACUUGGUCCAACGCACAGUAAAACAAAAGAGACAUUGUAAGUACUAGAAAGUACUAGGACAGGUCAUAUGACUUUUGGAACAUCAGGGUAAAUAGUUACCCGUCACAAAGUUAUCUACCAGGGAUGCGUCCUUGCAUUUACCUGAUGGGCCAAAGCGGGGAAUUGCCGAUGCCAUUACGUGGCGUUCAGGCCUUCUUGUUUUUGCUGGAGCCCUCUGGAU